GUCUUUCAUCCUCAUUCCGUCCUUCUUGUACUUUGCCCUGUGCCAUGAGCUCAUGACGCGCUUGGUUUUCGCACCAGGACCAACUUGCCGCAGUCAGGUGCUGCUGGCAACGAUCGCUUUUCUUCUGCUGACCUCCUGUACAGACCCAGGUAUUUUGCCCCGCCAGAGACUGCGCAUGCGAUUGCCGGGGUUGGAAAACGAAGUGGCUCGAACUCUAGCACUACCUGACGAUUGCGCUUCUGAGCUGAAUGAUGGCAUACUUUGCUUGGCUCGCGCGCUAAGGCGGCAGACCCAGGGUUAUCGUUUCUGUCACACCUGCGAGGUGAUUCGCCCACCUCGCACCUCACACUGCAAUGACUGCGGUAACUGUGUCCUUACGUUUGACCAUCACUGUCCAUUCGUGAACAAUUGUAUUGGGCAGAGGAACUACGUGUUUUUCUCCGCCUUCCUGAUAUCCACUGGGUGCGCGCAGCUCGAAGAAUGA